UCAAAUUUUAGCCGUCGAGCGAGGUGAUUGUGGGCAGGUGUGCGCGUGCGUUGAUUCAUUACGAGAAAACUACUUGUUUUUCCUUCCUGCGAGGGGAAAUAUGAUUGAAAUUUUCGUGGUUUUCCCGAAAACGAACUGGUGAAAAUGCGGAGUGCAUUGGGCCGUGCGUACGUAAAAUGUUUUCCAAGGACUUUAUAAAUUCUACCACUACAUCGGUCAUCAUCUUGUGCUGGAUUUUCAUAACAACAUGCUUGUGGGACGGAGUAGAUCCAUCACCGUUACCUGUGAAACAGUUGAAUAAAGAUUAUGAUUUGAACUCGUGGAUCAAACACUACGACAUAGCCAGCUAUGAUCCUAGUUUAUUGGUUCAUCAGCAUAAGAGGGUGCGAAGAUCGCUGGAUAGAUCGUUGGACCCUGUACGGUUGCAGGUGAAAGGACAUGACAGGGUUUUUAAACUGUUGUUGACCCCGGAUGAAUCAGUUUUUGCCGAUGAUGUGGUGUUCGAGUCGACGGACAAAAGAAAUUUCAAGUUUGACCAUCGCAUCACCUAUACUGGAACUUUAGAGGAUGACGAUACAGCUUCAGUGCAUGGCAUCAUAACAACAGAUGGCCUUUUCGAAGGCACCAUAGUCACCCCCACCGAAGAAUUUCACAUAGAACCUGUCAAUCGGUACUUCAACGAUAGUACUUAUAAGGAACCGACGUUCCAUUCAAUAAUAUACAGGGUGUCUGACGUGAAAGACCCACGUGAUGGAAUACCAUGUGCUUCCCAUAGAUUUUACGAAAAGAACUUCUUGAACGAUGGACCACAAUAUCCACAUCUCAGAGAAAAAAGGUGGUUACUGCAAGGGGAAGCAAAACAACCCUACGACGAUGAUUUGUACUUGUCAAACCGAACUCGAAGACCUUUCAUGACGACUUUCGACAUUAAUCACCAACAAAUCGACGAAGAACUGGAGAUAGGCAACAGGACCAAUCAGGUGGACGCUUCGGCGUUGAUAUUCAAAAACGUCUUCAAAAGGGCAACGAUAGAUCCUAAGAAAACGACGUGCAUGCUAUAUCUCCAGAUUUUAAUCAAGAUGGAAGGAAAGACAACAUCACUUUCAUGGUGAAAAGAGUGAAGGUCCACACGCCAGAAGCCCUCAAGGAUCCAUCGUAUCGAUUUCCAAACAACUACGGUGUAGAAAAAUUUCUAGAACUAUUUUCUGAGGAAGAUUACGACGCUUUUUGUCUAGCCUACAUGUUCACUUAUCGUGAUUUCGAAAUGGGCACCCUGGGACUGGCAUGGACUGGCGAUUUAAAAAAUGCAGGCGGAGUUUGCGAGAAAAACGGGCAUUAUAGAGGCAGCAUGAAAUCACUGAACACAGGCAUAGUGACGCUAUUAAACUAUGGAAAACAUGUCCCUCCAGCUGUCAGCCACGUAACGCUCGCGCACGAAAUUGGACAUAACUUUGGAUCGCCGCACGAUCCCGAACAAUGCACACCUGGCGGUGAAGACGGCAACUUCAUCAUGUUCGCCCGCGCCACGUCGGGAGAUAAGAAGAACAACAACAAGUUCAGCCCGUGCAGCCUCAAAAGCAUCAACCCCGUCCUCAACUACAAAGCCAGGAGCGCCAAAGGCUGCUUCACAGAACCUAAAGAAGCGAUAUGUGGCAACGGUGUCGUAGAAGAAGGUGAAGAAUGCGACUGUGGUUGGGAGGAGGAUUGCAGAGACCAGUGCUGCUUCCCCAUGAGGAGGUAUCCUCCAGUAGACGAACCUCCCUGUAGACUAACACCCAGAAGCCUUUGUAGUCCCUCACAAGGUCCUUGCUGUACGUCGGAUUGUCAAGUCAAAUUCGGCGACAAAUGCAGAGAUGACAACGGUUGCCGUGACGAAAGCUUCUGCAAUGGAAGAGAACCUCAAUGUCCUCCGUCAAUUAACAAACCCAACAAGACCAUCUGCAAUAAAGAAUUCGUCUGUUUUAUGGGGGAAUGUACUGGUUCAAUUUGCCUUGCUUACGGUUUGGAAUCUUGCCAGUGCAUACCGCAAAAAGGUGACUUAAAAACGAAAGCUUGCGAACUAUGUUGCAAGCUGCCUGGCGACAAUCAGCCCUGCUUGUCAAGUUUUGAUUGGAACGAUAUGCCCUACGAUGUUCCUGAUAUGUAUUCUAAACCUGGAACACCAUGUAACGAUUAUUCUGGUUACUGUGAUGUGUUUCAAAUGUGCAGAGAAGUUGAUCCUUCUGGACCCUUGGCUACCUUAAGAAAAUUACUGCUGAGUGAAGAAAGCAUAGCAAGUUUCAAAAAAUGGAUCAUUGAGUAUUGGUAUGUUGUUGGGUUCAUACUGUCUGCUGUUAUUGCAUUAUUGAUUCUUAGUACAAAAUACCUAGGCAAGAAACCCAAUUUCAAAUUGAAAUCCGUUACAAUCAUGCACAAACAAACCACUGAAGCUGUACGAUUACCAGAUAACCAAGAAGGCAUGAUAGUCCAUCAAGGGGUCAGGUCCAAGGUACCCUUCAAAAAACGAGUUAGAGACGGCAAAAUCAAGAAGAAAAGAAAAGCGGGUACUACAAAAAAUAGCAAAAACAUUAUUGGAAGCAAUAAAACCAAUGCAGUAGCCAAUGUAAAUAACAAUAACAAAGAAAACGUAUCGACGAAUAACAAUUUGAACAGUCCGAAGAAGAGUUCCCCUAGGAAAAAGAAGAGGAUGAGUGCGGUGGUAGGAAUAGAAGAGAAUGGAAGGAAGAAAGAUGUUUUAGAAGUGCCUCACAGCAAAGUGAAAAAACUGCCCACCAAAACGAAAAAGAAGAAGAAAAAGGAAAUCAUCGACUACAGUUCUAUUCAGCCUGACAUUGAUGGAAAGAACGAUAACAUCACCCCUGUAGUCCACACUACCAUCACCACAGAAACCACCGACCCAGUGGGCAAAGUCCAUCACUGGCUGAAGAACCAGUACAACCUUCCCAAAUCUAAAAGCACACCUGUUGGACUCACUGGAGGUUCCAGAAGUCCCCACAAGAAAACCACUGUAGUCCGUUCACAAGUUAGACCAGACAAAAGUAAAUCCCGUAGCGUAGCGAACAUUCCAAACGAAAGGGACAAGGUUCGAGUCCAAGUAGUGUACAAACCUCCCUUCAAAUUCAGCUUGAAACUGCGCAAACCGGAAAAAACUAGCGUCGUGGUAGAACCGGCCAAGAAAUCAACUGCGCGCGCAGCAAUACUGGUGCAGAGCAGCGACGUUCCUAAGACUACGAACGACAGAGUUUCUACUGCGCAGCCGAAGACGAAUUCUUCUGCACAGUCGGGCGCUGUUGCCGCGGCGCCGCCUGCGCCUUACGAUACGAUAGAUUUGGCAACGGCGGACAUCGACUCGAACAUACAUACCGUCCAGUCGGAUUUAGAGGUUUUGUUGUCGGAAAACGAGUACGUCAGCGUGGAUGGGUAGGAAGGAUUUAGGUUUGAAAAUUUCAGGAGGUAUUUCUACGAGUAUAUAAAGAUUUUUUAAAGUUACUUAACAGUAAUAAUGGGCAUCUCUAAAACCUUUAAACAGUCUGUAUAUGAAAUACCGUAUGAUCGGAUAAAAACGGCGUCUAGUUGACUUGGAAAUGACGAUCGUUGACAUUCUACAUAUAAAUUUAGACACAAGUUCACAGCAAUCGUCAUUUCCAAGCCAGUUCUGAUGCUGUUUUAUUGAUAGUAUGGUAUUUUCCUUUUUACGGAGAUUUAUGAUUUAUGGAGUGCAUUUAUGAAUAGGUAACUAAUCAAAGUAACUGAAAAAAAUAUUUCAUUUUUAAAAGUUAAAUUAAAAAAAAUAUAUACUCUAUUGUAGAAAUAUCUCCUAUAUUUGUAGUUUAUCACAAUAAAUAACUGAAAUAACAACAUAGCCAAAUUAAGCCAAAACGGUAUUACAAGUCUAGAGAAAACAUAUUUUUGAGGCUGUGGAAUUUUUUUGUUAUUAAAAAUAUUAUUUUCUCGUUUAUCUUCUUUAAAAACGGCGGUCUUUGAAAUGACAAUCAAUGAUAAUGCCGGUAAGGUAUACAUGUCGUUGCCAUGCGUAAAUUUAUUUUAAAAAAAUGGAAAAUAGAUCUGUGCCCAGAAACUUUUAAUUAUUUUCUAAACUUUUUAAAUUUUUUAUGUCAAUUUUUAAUGAAAAUAAGACUUCGGUUAGAAAGAAAUAUUAUUAAUUGUCAUUUUAUAGGCCACUGUGACGCUGUUUUUUUUUCGAUUAUACAAUCUUUAAUCUUUUAUUUGUUAAUUCGAAUAAUUUUUGUAUUUUUUAGAAACAUUAUUACUGUUCAAAUUAUUUUUAUUAAUCAAUAUUUUACUAAUGUAUUUAUACCUAUUAAAAUAACUCCAGCAAUCCUCUCUAUAUAUAACUGACAAUUAUUAUAUUAAUGUGAUAUAUUACUCUAAACAUUCCUCGAAUACCUUAAUGUUUUAUUUUAUACAGGGUGAUUCUCUAAAUUGGAAUACAUCUAUUAACUCUCUGAAUUAGCUCUAUAUUUAAUAUAAGAAUAUUUUAUACAGCUUGUUUCAAACUUGAAAUGAGGGGCUGAGUUCCAAAACUAGUUUUAUCCAUAUUCGUUAAUUUUCAAUAAUCGCAAAAAACGAACAGCAACUUAAUUAGUCUAGGACAAAUGCACGACUUUAACAUGUAAAUUAUACAGGAUAGAAUGAGUUAUGCCACAAAAAUGAUGCUGAAUAUUGUGCAGGGCUGCCAAUACUAGACUAGACUAUAGAUACUUUUACCCAAAAUUACCAAAAAUGGAUAAGACGAGUUUUGAAACUCAACCCCUCAAAUAUUUCGUCAUAUCUUAAAUUUGAGACACUCAGUAUAAAAUUUUGUUACAUUUAAUUACAUUAAUUUUCCAUUGUUAGAGUUCUCCGUUAAUAAUAUUCAUAUUUAUAUUUUUUCAGUGUUUGGUAUUAAAGCAAUAAUCUUUAGUUAAUUAUGAUAUUUCAAAUUUUAAAAAAAUAAUUUUUUAUAUAAAAUAUUAAUAUCAUACUGUAAGAUUAUUACAAAAGCGUAAGUAAAUUGCUUUUUUUUGCUAUUUUUUUAUUUACGAUUUUUCGAUAUUAUAUUCUUUAUUGAGCAUAGCAUAGAUACAGUAUUUCACUCAGUGAAAUAGGUGAACAUAGAGCAGUCCUGACAACAUUGGUUUGUUGUCAAUUGUAACAUCAACAAACCGGCGCAAUAUAUAAACAAAAUUCCAAAAUCUAUAAAUAUUUUAGAACUUCUCUAUAUUUACCUACUUCUCUGAGUUAUCUCACAUCACCAAUUAUUAAUGAAAAGACUGUAUUCAUAUAAAGUCAAAGCAACUAUAUGCAGAGAGUGUUCACGAAUAUUUUUGUCAAAAGAUAUCUCCAUAAAUAUUUAUCUUACAAAAAUACUUAAAUUAUGAAAUUUUCAAGUUUUAUUUGAAUUAUAAUAAUAUUAUAUUUUGUUAAAUAACAGAAAAAAAUCAGAACUGUCAAAUUUUGACGUAAGCUGAAUUUUCCUAAAUAUAAUGCCUUUUAUCUGAUUCGUCAGUUGAAGAAACAAGUUUUUUCUGAUUUUAAAAAUAAAAAAUGUUUAUAUGGAUGUCUAUAAGAAAAAACCCUAAAAGUUUGAUAAUUUAAACUUUUUUCUAAAAUCAAUAUUUACACCUACAUUGAAUAAAAUAUACA